AUGUCGAACAGCAUCAAGGUGGUGGCGCGGUUCAGGCCGCAGAACCGCAUCGAGGUUGGAGAGGGCGGGCAGCCUAUUGUUGAGUUCGAGAGCGAGGACACAUGUCGGCUAGACUCCAAAGAGGCCUCUGGGUCGUUUACCUUCGACCGCGUGUUUGAUAUGAACUCGCGGCAGAAAGACGUCUUCGAUUUCUCCAUCAAGUCUACCGUCGACGACAUUCUCAACGGUUACAAUGGCACUGUAUUCGCAUACGGUCAAACUGGUGCGGGAAAGUCGUAUACCAUGAUGGGAACGGAUAUGGAUGACCCCGAGGGCAGAGGUGUGAUUCCCCGGAUUGUGGAGCAGAUAUUUGCGAGUAUUCUAGCCAGUCCUGGGACCAUCGAAUAUACUGUGCGGGUCAGCUACAUGGAAAUCUACAUGGAGCGUAUUAGGGAUCUCCUGGCGCCGCACAAUGACAAUUUACCGGUGCACGAGGAGAAGAAUAGGGGUGUAUAUGUGAAAGGUCUCCUAGAGAUAUACGUCUCGAGCGUGCAGGAAGUUUACGAGGUCAUGCGAAGGGGUGGGAAUUCAAGAGCUGUUGCUGCUACGAACAUGAACGCCGAAUCCUCGCGGUCGCAUUCCAUCUUCGUCAUUACCAUCACACAGAAGAAUGUUGAAACAGGGUCUGCGAAGAGCGGACAACUUUUCCUGGUCGAUUUGGCUGGUAGUGAGAAGGUCGGCAAGACUGGUGCAAGCGGACAGACUCUCGAGGAGGCCAAGAAGAUCAACAAGAGUUUGAGUGCCCUCGGAAUGGUCAUCAACAACCUGACGGACGGGAAAUCAUCCCACAUCCCUUACAGAGACUCAAAACUUACUCGAAUUCUGCAAGAGAGUUUGGGGGGUAACAGUCGGACUACACUUAUUAUCAACUGCUCGCCCAGUAGUUACAACGAUGCGGAAACUUUGAGUACGCUGCGUUUUGGUAUGCGAGCGAAGGCGAUUAAGAACAAGGCCAAGAUCAAUGCGGAGAUCAGUCCUGCGGAACUCAAGGCGUUGCUCAAGAAGGCGCAAUCCCAAGUUACGACUUUCGAGUCCUAUGUCCAGACACUGGAUGCUGAGGUACAACAAUGGAGAGCUGGAGAGGCGGUGCCGAAGGAGAAGUGGGCGGCCCCUCUGGAGAUUGCUGGGAUCACAAGGACGAAAGCACAACCGGCGAGACCGUCAACGCCGUCAAGACUUACGGCUGAGAGUCGAGCGGAGACACCUGCUAUUUCAGAACGUUCUGCCACACCCAGUUUACCAAUCGAUAAGGACGAAAGGGAAGAGUUCCUGCGACGGGAGAAUGAAUUACAAGAUCAGAUCGCAGAGAAGGAAUCCCAGAUAUCUGCAGUUGAGAAGCAAAUGAGAGACACGAAGGAGGAGUUGGCAUAUCUCAAGGAACGGGACACGAAAGGAAACCGCGAGAACGAGAAGCUGACUGGUGAGGUCAACGAAUUUAAGAUGCAGAUAGAACGCUUGUCUUUUGAGAGCAAGGAGGCGCAAAUUACCAUGGACGGAUUGAAAGAGGCCAAUGCUGAGCUGACAGCCGAACUCGAUGAAGUUAAGCAACAGCUUUUGGAUGUUAAGAUGUCCGCGAAGGAGACUAGCGCUGUCUUGGAUGAGAAGGAAAAGAAGAAGGCGGAGAAGAUGGCCAAGAUGAUGGCUGGCUUUGAUCUCGGUGGAGAUGUCUUCAGUGACAAUGAGCGGACUAUCAAGAAGGUUAUCGACCAAGUGGACGCUCUCCAUGGGCAAUCCGCUGCUGGGGAAGCCAUUGCCCCAGAUGAGUUGGAGUCUAUCAAGGCUGCAUUGGUCGAGACACAAGGGAUUGUUCGUCAAGCAGAGCUGUCUGUGUACGGUACACCUUCAGACGACACAAACGCCAAGCGAAGAGAGGAGCUCGAGCAACGUCUCGAGGCUGUUGAGCGCGAGUACGAGGACCUUCUUGAGAGAAACCUCAGCGAGGCAGACGUCGAGGAAGUCAAGCAGAAACUUGCCCAGGCAUACUCCAACAAGCAAGAUGUGCAAACAUCACUAGUCGAAGACCUGAAAGCCGAUCUGGCCCAGAAGUCAGCUGAGAUCCAGAAAUUCAAGACCGUAAACGAAGACCUCCAACGCAAGGUCAAAGCAGGCGGCGUCCCCAACGGCGCCGGCGGCAUGGCCAACGGCAAGACCGUUCAGCAACAAAUCGCUGAAUUCGACGUCAUGAAGAAGAGUCUCAUGCGCGAUCUCCAGAACCGAUGCGAGCGUGUCGUCGAACUCGAGAUUUCCCUUGACGAGACGAGAGAGCAGUACAACAAUGUGCUCCGCUCAUCCAACAACCGUGCUCAGCAGAAGAAGAUGGCCUUCUUGGAGCGCAAUCUCGAGCAGCUCACGCAUGUGCAGCGUCAACUCGUUGAGCAGAAUGGUAGUCUGAAGAAGGAGGUUGCGAUUGCGGAGAGGAAACUCAUUGCUAGGAACGAGAGGAUACAAUCACUCGAGUCGCUACUUCAGGACUCACAGGAGAAACUGACCGCUGCGAAUCAUAGAUUCGAAGCCCAACUCACAGCCGUAAAAGAGCGCCUCGAAGCCGCAAAGUCCGGCUCAACUCGCGGUCUCGGCUCCCCCACCAACGGAGGCUUCUCCUUCGGCGGCGCCGGCUCCCGAAUCGCCAAACCCCUCCGAGGAGGUGGUGCUGAGUCGGCCUUUGGGAACAUGAUUACCGGCGGUGGUGGCGUUAACCCUGCUAUCAGUGGGCUACAGAAUGAGGCGAGUGGGAAUGCGGGGAAGAGAUCGAGUUGGUUCUUCUCGGGGCAGAAGUGA